UAUCAGUGGUUCACGUCCACCUGGAGCAAGUGUUCGGCCGUCUGCGGUACGGGUGUCCAGACGCGCACGGUCGUUUGCGGAGUGUUUGAUGGUCAAUCGCUGAAGCGAGCCGAUGAUGACUACAAGUGCGAUGCAACGCUGAAGCCCGAGAAGGAACAGGAAUGUAAAGGGCCGGAGGAGUGCCCUGGCCAGUGGUUCGCUGGUCCGUGGACCGAUUGUACCAAGAGCUGCGGUGGUGGAGUGAAAUCGCGUAAGGUGAUCUGUAUCGCCAAUGAAACCGUCGUACCGGAGACGAACUGCAACGUGGACAGUAUACAGCUGACGACGGAAUCUUGUAACGCAAAUCCGUGCACGGAGGAUGACGUCAUUCCGGUGUCGGUUGGUACGACGAUCUCGAUCGAGGACGAUUACGAUGAGGAUGAGUUGUGUGAUGAGGAUGAGGAAGUGGAGGGCAGCGGAGGAAGCAUUGACCGUUUGGUCGAUGGUGACCAGGAAGGAGAGGUAACACAGGAGGGUGUUAUGAUGGUGACCGACGAUACAUCGUUGGCUGAAGGUAUCGAAAUUGGCACUAGCCCUAGCGGAACAACCGAGACCACGCUGGAAGCGGAUGAAGUCAUGCUGAGCGAUUCGACCGGCUUUGAGACGGGUGCUACUUCGGGUGCGGAUUCUGCGACCACCGAGAGCGCAGUUGAGGGGUCGGGUGCCGAUGAUGGUAAGGCAUCGGAUGAUGAAAAACCACCUCCGUUCAUCAGUGAACCGACGGACGAAGGAUCUGGAGGAGGCAGCGACGACGAAGACGAACCCGUUUCACGGGCAGUUUCCGAUAAAACACAACCGACAACUGGCGCCACGGUAUCGGACAAGGCUUCUACAGACGACGCUUCUUCCGGCACUGAGCCGGCCUCUACGACCGAGCUCGAGGCGCAGAGUACGACGGAGCCUUCCUCUUUCGCAUCUUCUUCGGUGGAUGAUGCGUCCGAAACAUCGGUGUCGGCUUCGAGUGUAGACUUCUCUACGACGGAUUCCACGGACGUGACGACGGAUACUACCGAGUUGGACAGCAGCACGACGGAGCAUUCCGAAUCUACAACCGAGAUCGAUAGCAGCACCGUGAGUGAUGAUCUGUCCACGACCGUGCAGAUCGCUGCAUCUUCAGAUAUUCAGAGUACGACUGAGGACAGCAUCGUAAGUACUACUGUCGCCGUUUCCGAAACAUCCGAUAGUGUCAGUACUACGGAGGUGGUAGAAGGAUCAUCUACCGAUGUUAGUGCCACAGAGACGGACGGAGCUACGGGCACUACAGCCCUCGUGGGAUCUGAUGCGACGGAGCAAUCGAGUAGUGAAUCUUCGGUUACGGGAACUACCCCGGUAUCCUCUGCCAGUGUCAGUGACGCCAGUUCAACGGGUGAGACGGUCACGGAAGUGCCUGCAGAUGGUAGCACGACUGUUGCCGGUUCGUCCGAUUCGACAGACGCUACGGAAUCGACGGAUGACUUUACUGGUUCAACGGUCACCGAGGAUGGGCUUGAAGAUACUACGUACGACAUUUGGUCAUCGUCAUCGACCAGUGCUACUGAUGAUGAUGAUGGUACGGAGGAACCCGCCGAAAGCAGCACACCCUACACGCUCAGCUCGGUUAUCGCCAAGGAACAGAAGCCACGCAAGUGUAAGCCAAGACCGAAGGUACCCAAGUGUGCCAAGUCCGCGUACGGUUGCUGCCCCGAUGGUAAGACCAAGGCGACGGGUCCGUUUUCGGAGGGCUGCUCGCUGCCAGAGACCUGCAAGGAGACCAAGUUUGGUUGCUGCCCCGAUGGUCUGUCUCCAGCGACGGGUCCCAAGGAUCGCGGAUGUCCGAAAUCGGACUGUGCCGAUACGCUGUUCGGUUGCUGUCCGGAUAAGGAAACACCGGCCGAGGGUAACGAUCAGGAGGGAUGCCCGAUUGAAACGACCACGAUCGGUGGGUGUGUUAUCAGUGAGUUCGGUUGCUGUGAUGACGGUAUUACCGAAGCCAAGGGUCCAAAAUCCAAGGGUUGCCCAGGAGUUCCGGAAGAGGAGGAACCAUCGGCCACGGAAAAGACAACGGAACCGGUGCCAGUGCCGGAAGGCUGUGCCAGCUCGCAACAUGGAUGCUGUCCAGACAACACAACGGAAGCCACGGGACCGAAUGGUGAAGGGUGCGAACCGUGCAGCAAGGAACCGUACGGUUGUUGUCCCGAUGGUAAAACUCCAGCGCAUGGCCACAACCGUGAAGGAUGUUGCCUGCAAUCGCCGUACGGAUGCUGUCCGGAUAAUGUGGUGCCUGCCCAGGGACCGAACCAAGAGGGUUGCGAGUGUGAAUACUCACCGUAUGGAUGCUGUCCGGACAACAAGACAUCAGCGCGUGGAUACGGAAAUGCAGGAUGUGGUUGUCAGUACACGGAGCAUGGGUGUUGUCCCGAUAAGGAGACGGAAGCACAGGGACCGAACUACGAGGGAUGUCCAUGCCAUGCGUACCAGUUCGGAUGUUGUCCCGAUGGUGCCACACCGGCCAAGGGACCGCACAAUCAAGGAUGCCACUGUUCACACAGUGAGUUCAAAUGUUGUUCCGAUGGCCAGACGGCCGCCAAGGGUCCCGAUGGAGAGGGUUGUACCUGUGCGGAGAGCAAGUACGGUUGCUGCCCAGAUGGAAGUACCGAGGCGCAGGGCAGCAAGUUUGAAGGGUGUACGGAUGUACCUGAGUCACCGCAGAAGGCUUGCGCUUUACCGAAGGAUAAGGGCCCAUGUAACACCUUCGUCGUCAAGCAUUUCUUCGACGUGGAAUAUGGUGGUUGUGGACGGUUCUGGUAUGGUGGUUGUGAUGGUAAUAACAAUCGUUUCGAUUCCGCUGACGAUUGUAAGGCCGUCUGUGAAACACCUUCCGGAAAGGAUGUAUGCCACCUGCCCAAGAUCACGGGACCAUGCACUGGGCACUACAACAUGUGGUACUACGAUGCGGAGCGCAAUUUGUGCUCUCAAUUCACGUACGGUGGGUGCCUUGGUAAUGCCAAUCGGUUCGAGAAGCUGGAAGACUGCAAAGCGUUGUGUAGUGUGGAUGAUUCGAAACCACCAUGCGAGCAGCCCAUGGAACAUGGACCUUGUAACGGUACCUUCGAACGUUGGUUCUACGACAAGGAAACGGAUGCAUGCCAACCAUUCUACUACGGUGGUUGCAAGGGCAAUAAGAACAACUACCAGUCGGAGGCAUCGUGUAAUUAUCACUGCAAGAAACCAGGCGUGCACAAACCGAGCUGUAGCCAGCCACCGGAAGUGGGUAACUGCGAGGCCCAGCAAGCCCGCUGGUACUUUGCCGGUGACAGUAACAAAUGCAUGCCCUUCUACUUUACCGGUUGUGGUGGGAAUGAGAAUCACUAUGUCUCGCGCGACCAAUGCGAAGCACAGUGUCCACCGAAGGUUGAAAAAGACACGUGCUUCCUUCCGGCGGAGACGGGCGAAUGUCAGAACUACACGGCUCACUGGUACUUUGACACGAAGGAUAACCGCUGCCGUCAGUUCUAUUACGGUGGAUGCGGUGGCAAUGGCAACAACUUUGUGGAUGAACAGGCAUGCAUCAAUCGCUGUGUCGAUGCAAAGCAGGAACCACCGCAAACGGAAGCUCCCCAAAGACGACCCCCGGUUGCGGAACCCAGUCCGGUGGAUCAGUUUGAUCGUCGCUAUUGUCAGCUGCCGAUGGAUCAUGGAGACCGAGAGUGCAAACCAUACCAGGGACGGUUUUACUUCGAUUCGGAGAAAGGUGUCUGUACCCUUUUCACCUACACCGGGUGUGGCGGAAAUCAGAACAACUUCCAAACGGAGGCCGAAUGCGAGCAGUCCUGUGGUCGGGAGCAGAACGUUUGCGAGUUGCCCCAGGUGCAAGGAGACUGCGAUGGCAACGAGGAACGUUGGUUCUACGAUCGUCGCGCGCAGCGCUGUGUUGCCUUCAGCUACAGUGGCUGUGGGGGCAAUGGUAACAACUUCUAUCGGCAGGAUGAGUGUGAACGGCAGUGUAGCAGCCCAACGCAAGUGGAUCUACGAGGACCGACAGAACCGGAGCAACCGGUGCAAAACGUUAGCCGUUGUGAGCAGAUUCCAGAGUUUGGUGAUGGUGAGGACGAUCUGAUUCUGCAUUACUACGAUGCCGAACGACAAACGUGUGCACUGUUCCGAUACAGUGGAUCCGGUGGCAAUACCAAUCGAUUCGCUUCGGUGGAAGAGUGUGAUCGUGUCUGCGGUCUGUAUCGUGGAGUUGAUGUGUGUAAAGAUGGCAAGGAUGCCGGUCCAUGCGGGGACGCGAUUCCCCGGUUCUACUACGAUUCUCGAACACAUGCGUGCUACUCGUUCAACUACAGUGGAUGUGAGGGCAAUGGCAAUCGGUUCGCUAGUGCGGAAGAGUGUGAAGGAACGUGUGUCCAUCGGCGAACGGACGAAACCCACGAUCCAGCUGCGAAUGCCGUUAAUCCUUGCGAGCGCUACGAAGAGGAGUGCCGUUUACUGCAAUGCCAGUACGGUAUCGCCAAAUCGUACGAUGCCAGUAACGGUUGUGACCGAUGCCAGUGCAAUGAUCCCUGCGAUGGCCAUUUCUGCCCACCGGGAACACAAUGUGUGGUCGACGUACAGAGUGGUAGAGCGGUUGACGCCAGCGGUUCCGAGUUUGUGGGAGUGUGCAGGGCAACAGUCAAACCAGGAGACUGCCCACCACUAGCCAACGCAACGCAAUGUACCGUAGACUGUUCCUCGGAUGCCGAUUGUCGGGGUAAUAAUAAGUGUUGCGAUGCUGGCUGUGCCAGGAUAUGUAUCGGACCUGUGGAUCGACCUUCGGGUGGUGUACCGGCGGUUCCUGGUGUGCCGGGACCUACCGUACUGGAGGAAGUGCCCUCUGAAGAGCUUGACAUCAAGUCAGAGGAAGGAGGUGUGGCUACGCUCCGUUGCUUCGCUACCGGCUACCCACCACCAUCCAUUCGGUGGAGGAAGGGAGCAAUCAUGCUCAAUACGAAUCAAGGAAGGUACGUGCUCACCUCGACAGGAGAUUUGCAGAUCGUACAGCUACAUCGUACUGAUACUGGAACUUACGUUUGCAUCGCUGAUAACGGCGUCGGUGAACCAGCCCUACGAGAGGUGCAGCUUACGGUCAACGAUCCGGUUCCGCGGGAUGCCUAUAUUGCGGGUAAUCUGAACGAUUCGCAAGUGAUACAGCUGGGCGGGCCAGCCUCACUGCGCUGUGCGGCCGGUGGCUAUCCCAACCCGGUCGUCAGUUGGUGGCGCGAAACGUUCAUGAUGCCACUCAAUAUGGUAAACCGCGAUUACUCGCUUAACUUUGCGAGCGUUCGCCUGCAGGAUUUGGGUCCGUAUGUGUGUCAAGCUUACUCCGGUGCUGGGAAAGGCAUAUCGCGCACAGUAACUCUGCUUGCCUAUGGACCAGUCGUACCGACUAGCCCGGUUGACGAGAAGUACCUUAAGUACGUUAUUAGUGGCCGUCCACCGCCAACGGUGGUGGUGCGUCCUCCGCAAGUCGAUACUUACCCAACACGAGGCCGACCGCCUUAUGUUCCACCGGUUGUGACUCGACCACCAGUUCCCGUUACGGUAGCGAUACACUUCCCGCAAGGACGCACUCCGGUACCGAACAGCAACUUUACCAUCAACUGUACGGUUGACGGAUAUCCGAAACCAAUGGUGAACUGGCUCAAGGAUGGACAGAUUAUGGUGCCGACCGCGCGUAUUCACAUCACCGACGAAAAUCUGCUGAUUGUAACUGGAGCUUUACCAUCCGAUAGCGGUCAAUACAAGUGUCUCGCCAGAAACGAACAUUCGGAAGCUUUCCAGGAACAAAGUUUGCACGUUGAAGGUAUUUAUGUGCCACCAGAAUGUACGGAUAAUCAGCUGCUAGCAAAGUGCGAUCUGAUCGUCGCUGGGCAAUACUGCAACCACAAGUACUACGCAAAGUUCUGCUGCCGAUCGUGCACGCUGGCUGGUCAGAUAAACAUAGGCAAUCGCCGUUAUUAGAACAGAAAAAAAGUAUGCAUGAGAAUCUGUAUGCGUGAUCGAGUGAGUGUUUUUGGUGUACGUGUGCGUCUGUAUGUGUGAGUGUAUGUGCGUGAUUGUGCGUGUGCCAUAGUGAAAGAGACGUUCAAACAAUGAUAUAAACCAUCCGCGAAAUUGUAGCAUUUCACAAUCAACCUCGUUUGAUUUCGGUAGGGAUGAGAUUCGAAAUAUAUCUCUGCCAGCAACUAUGUGCCCAAAGCUUAUCACAGGGGGUGUUUCUACAAAAAUAGGGACAGAAUAAUCUUCACAGCUCCUUGGACAAAGAGAUGACGGAGCCACAUGAUCAUACAAAAUGGUGGCAUUUAUACCAAAACGAACCGGAAACAAAAUGUUUGGCUAUACUUAUAGGAUCAACCGAUCACAUUCGAUAAUGUAGAUUGCUAGAGGAAUACCGAGUGCGUUCGAAAAGUUGAAAUCGAACAUAACCGAGCCUGUAUCAUGGAAGUUUAAAAUCAUGUUUCGGUAGUUUAUUUGAGCAGAAUACAAAGAGAAAUGAUUAAAACUUUCGGCUGAUGUUCGCGUUUUGGUCCGGGGUUUCCGUUACUUUAGAAGCAUGAGUUAAGAGCCUUCUUGUCGUGUGUAUUGCUUACUGUAAAUAAUUUAUUUCCAAUCUUUUACAACCGCCAGCUGAAGCCGCCAUGUCUGUCGUGAAUGUGGUGCAGAAAAGAGUAAAAAGUUUCAUACACGAAAUAAAGAUACAUGGUUCCGAUAUGAAUUAACAUGUGAAUC